AUUUAAACAGACACUUUCUACUCUAGAGUGCAUCAAAUCUUGUUUGUACGCUGCAGCAUAUUUUCGCAUUUUUAUCUCGAUUUUCCGAGGAAAACAUGUUUGCCCACACGAAAAUUAAAAAUAUUCGCGUGCUGAGUGGAAACAAACUCGUCCAAGUUCAUUGCAUUUUUGAUAACAUCCAGGCUCCAAGGUUAAUCAACAACGUUUCAUUUAAAACGACAUCCUCUGGAUGGAUCAGUGAGUCCAAGUGAGCACGAUACAGAACUGCCGACGAAGAACAGUUGAGGAUGUUUUCAUGGAAGGUCCGGAAGAAGACUGAUGUAUUUCAACCCGAGAAAUGAAUCAGAGCGAGGCGAAUUGAUCUGAGAGUGAUUGUUUCUCUAAAACAAAGUGGGGGGCUCGGCUUGAAAAUUCAUCAUCACAUGAAUGAAAAUCGCCAGUCGUCCGACUGUGCCAAUUCGUUGCGAUCCAGACUGUCGACAAGUUUAUCUGGAUUUUUCGUUUAGUGACCCAUCCAGAGUGCGUUUGGAAGACGGUUGCGGUGGCCAUGGGCAUGAUCACUCGAGUUCGCGGCCGUUUAAGGAGCCUCCACACCCUGCCGAAGUUGGAUGAAAAAGUGCGCGAUGAGAAAAUUGCCGAAACAGUUUGUCUACUGUCCGUGCUGUUUUUGCUACCCUACUGCUCCAGAGGCCACGCCCCUCUGCUGGUAAGCUUGGGCAGCUGGUUCCUGACCACCUACUCGUUUUUGGUACUGCCGAUCUUGAUUUCGGCCAAUUACAAGUACCCGGUCAGAUGGCUGAGGCACAUUAUUCGAAAAUUGCCCGGAAUGGCAAAGAAAUACUCGCGCCCCACGUGGAACCUGAUCCGCAAAGUCUACGCACCCAUUGACCGAUGCGAGAAGAGCUUCAUGAAGAUGAAGAACAUUUCCAAUUUAGCCACGCAGUUGGUGUUCUUCAUGCUGUGCGAUCGCGUUCUGUUGUGCAGCUUCGGCGGCCAUCACUGUCCACAGAAGAAGGUCACCGGGCUCUACUCCUUGAUGUUCUACAACGUCAUCGCCUAUUGCGUCAGCUACAUCAAGGAGCUGAUCGAGAAGGAAGAUUGGUCGAUCACGGUCAACAUGACUCAACAUAGCAAUAUCAAACACUUGGCCAUGUCAGCUACGAAGAUCGUCCUGGAGUGGACCAAAGCCGUCACGUUCAUCAUCACCGUCACGUUCAUGCUCUUGGUGUUCGGUCUGGAGCAAGGGCUGGAACACUAUCGUCCCACUGCCCUCUACACCUUCGUCACCUGGACGUACUACAUGUGCACUGAGAAGGUGUUUGUGGAUCUGUUCCUGCCCACUCUACUGCUACUGAAGAUCAAGUCCCUGGAAGCGCUGGAACAGUUCUACGCGCCAGUUUUUCUCCGCUUCUACACAAUUGGUUGGGCGGUGUUGAUGGCGAUCUGCUUGAUGCUCUUGGGCCAGUUCCACUUCGCCUUCUUCGCCUUCUACAUCACCGUCUACCUCAAAGUCAAAGACACCAUCUUCAACUGUUUGAGGACGCUGAAACGUGAGCAGGCGAUGUUGGGCCAGUUUCGUUGUGCCACUUUUGAGGAAAUCGAAAAUUGCGACGAUGUUUGUGCCGUCUGCUUGUGCCCGAUGGAACGCGCCCGAGUGACUCCCUGUCAGCACAUGUUCCAUGCCAGCUGUCUUCGGGAGUGUUUGAACAAUUCCAAUAACUGUCCCAUCUGCAAGAGGGAGUACGUGUUUGUGCACUAGUUUUGGGGCGUUUCGUCCGCAACGGUCAAAUCGAGCGAAUUCGAUCUUAUUAGACUAUAAAAACGACGCUGAGGUGAGCAAGCAAACCCAAUGUGCAACAAACAAGCACACUAGUUAGAAAGUCUGGAAAAUUUAAAUUAGGGUCUGGUGAAUUAGCGCCAUAUUCGAGUGUCUCAGUUUCAAUCUGCGCAAUUGUACGUACUUUC